CGUUCGACGCGGGAGGCGCUGGUGGAUGUUAGGACUACUAAUCCAUGUGCGAAACCUAACAGAGUAGCAAUCAGUGGUAUUCUCUACUCUGCCGUCUGCGCUCUGGUUCGAGCGUCACUUUUCUCCGAUCUUCCUUCGUGCCCAAUCCAUGGCGCUGACCCGCUGCAUCCCCAUUCUCCUCCUAGUCGCCAUGACGGCGUCCGCCGGUGCCUCUGAGGACCGAGCCAACUCCUUCGUGGCCAAGUGCUACCCGCAGCCGACGCCCAUGUCGGACGGCGGCAGCGCGUUCCGCGAGAACCUCCUCGACCUCCUGAAAGCCCUCCCCUCGGCUGCAGCGCCGACGGGCUUCGCCUCCCUGCAGACCGGGGGCGUGGCCGUCGCCGACCGCGCGUUGGUUCGCGGCCUCUGCUUCGGCGACUCCGUACCUAAGCGGUGCCGCCGCUGCCUGUCCAACGCCCGCAAGAAGAUCACCAGGAAAUGCGGCGACGCGAGCCGGCGCGCAGGCUUCUGGGACCGGCGCUGCUUCCUGGGCUAUGCAGACGGCGCCAACUCCUCUGCCGGCUUGGACGACGACUUUAGCACGGUGUUCUUCUCCGGCGACGCCAUCCCGAUCCCCGACACCGUCAGCGUGCAGAAUCUUGUGGCGCUGGCGCAGUCCCUGGCCCCGGGAGCCGCGAAGGGUUCGGUGGUCACGGCCGACGCGACCACUCCGGCGAGCAAAGGUGACGCUACAGCUGGAAACCGCACGGUGCGUGUGCUGGCGCAGUGCGCGAGGGACCGCGCCGCGGCGGACUGCGUGGGUUGCCUGCGGGAGGCGUCGCUAAUGAUGGCAAAGACCUGGGAGGCUGACGGCGGCGCGCAUGGACGUGUCGCCGCGGUCGUCGGCUCGAACUGCUACCUGCGCUUCCAGAUAUCGACUCCACGGCUGCCUCUGAUACAGAAGAUCAGGAGGAUGCUAAAGGAUAAUCUCGUGCUUACCGUGUGCGUUGCCGUGAUGAUCGUCGUGGUCGUUUGCGCGGUGAUUGUUUUUCUCUGCGUUUGGACGAUACGGAACAACAGGUGUAAUGCAGUUCUGGAAGCCAUGUCUGCAGCAGACGAUGACUGAGGGUGGUGGCUUUAUGAACUUUGGUGAGCUCCUGCCAUAGAGAGGACAUAUAGCUAUAGCCAGCGAACUGUUAUGUUGUUCUGUUCUCUGCACUUGGAUUCAUGGUACUCAGGUACUGUACUUGGAUGCACGGCCAUUUCACGCGAUCGUACGGGAAAUAAAAUAUCGGUCUGUUAUGUGUAUAA